UCGCCCUGCGUGGGCCGGAGCCGAGCUCAGGGGGCGCCACAGCUGGAGGCGGAGGAGUGUAGUCAGGCCGAGUGGGCGGAGAGAACCUGGGCUGAGACAUGGCCGCUUAUCAACAACCAGGGCAUGUGCAGCUGCCCCGAGCUGAUGCCAUUCGUUCACGUCUCAUUGAUACUUUUUCUCUCAUCGAGCAUUUGCAAGGCUUGAAUCAAGCUGUGCCACGGCACACAAUCAGGGAUUUUUUUGAUCCUUCCCGUCAGCAGAAACUUAUGUUGGGAGAUCAACACCAGCUAGUGCGCUUCUCCAUAAAGCCUCAACAUGAAGGACGGAUUUCAUAUGCCCAAAGAAUGUUGAGCAGGCUUCGCAUACGCUGCAGUCGGAGGCCACCUCUUUCCUUGUGGGCUGGAUGGGUUCUUGAGUGUCGUCUCUUCACGAACUUUAUCAUCUUCCUCAUCAUUUUGAAUACAAUUGUAUUUAUGGUUGAAAUAGAAUUACUGGAAUCCACAAAUACCGAACUGUGGCCAUUGAAGCUGACUUUGGAGGUGGCAGCUUGGUUUAUCUUGCUUAUUUUCAUUGUGGAGAUCCUUCUUAUGUGGCUAUCCAGUUUUUCCCUUUUCUGGAAAAGUGCCUGGAAUGUCUUUGACUUUAUUGUCACCAUGUUGUCCCUGCUUCCUGAGGUUGCGGUGUUGGCAGGGGUGACAAGCCAGUCUGUGUGGCUCCAGUUUCUGAGGAUCUGCCGGGUGCUGAGGUCUCUCAGACUCUUUUCACGAUUCCGUCAAAUUCGAGUGAUUAUUUUGGCCCUGGUCAGGGCCCUCAAGGGCAUGACCUUCCUCCUGAUGUUGCUGCUCAUCUUCUUCUACAUUUUUGCUGUGGCUGGUGUCUACUUCUUCGAGGAGUACACCCGUUCAACUCUCCAGGACCUGGAGUACCACGUGUUCUUCUCGGACCUGCUGAAUUCCCUAGUGACAGUAUUCAUUCUCUUCACCUUGGACCAUUGGUAUGCACUGCUUCAGGAUGUCUGGAAAGUGCCUGAAGUCAGCCGCAUCUUCAGCAGCAUCUAUGUCAUCCUUUGGUUGUUGCUUGGCUCCAUUAUCUUUCGAAAUAUUAUAGUAGCCAUGAUGGUUACUAAUUUCCAGAAUAUCAGGAAAGAGCUGAAUGAAGAGAUGACACAUCUGGAGGUUCAGCACAAAGCUGACAUAUUCAAGCGUCAGAUUAUCCAAAGAAAAGCACGUCAAGAAAGGGUAUCUUUGGACUCAUGUGAAGCUUAUGAAGAAGAGUUUAAAGACAGUCCUGCCAAAGAGGGUUUAGGAAAGGAUUUGAUGGCAAUUGCAUCAAAACCAGAAGGGUCCUUGUCAAAACCAGAAGCAUGCUUGUCAAAAAUAAAAGAGUAUCCAUCUUCCUCCUCCAUAUCCUCCUCCGUUUCCUCCUUUUCUGAAUCCAGAGAUUAUGAAUUUACUGAUCAAUUGGACUGGGAAACACUUGUGCAUCAGAAUCUGCCUGGGCUAAUGGAAAUGGAUCAGGAUGAUCGUGUUGUUUGGCCCAGAGAUUCACUCUUCCGAUAUUUCGAGUUGCUAGAAAAGCUUCAGUAUAACCUAGAGGAGCGGAAGAAGUUGCAAGAGUUUGCAGUACAGGCACUGAUGAACUUUGAAGACAAGUAA